AUGGCCGUCAUCAAGUCCAUUCUCUUCGAUCAUAUCACAUUUCGUGCGACUAGAGACCAACUCUCUCGCGUGCUGGAGACACCCUUUGCCACAUUUGGACCGUUCGUGAGGAAGGUCACCUUCAGGCCAUCUCUAUGUUCACCAGAUGUCGCCAGGGACGAUUUCGAGCGAUUGUUAGCCAUCUACACCUGUCAGCGCGGUCCGCACCACCAGCAUCACACCGCGGAGUGGCACGAGAUCUGGUAUAUGUAUCAGAGAUUUGGCGCUAAAUGUCCUGGGACCACGGGCACCGUCACAGCCGCCUACACAUUCUACGCAGAAUGUGCGAAUGAGGACGUGGGCAUCUUACAGAAUGGGAGCUUGCAGCGCGCUUGGAUCGCAGCCUUGAAGACCUUCCCAGGGGCAUCAUCCUUCGUCAUAGGCAACAUUCCCAGCUUCUGGCCGCAAGGGGUCUACUUUCGCGAAAAUGGCCUAAAGGCCGAAUGCGAGUUUUGUAACGAUAACAUUCGCGCUCUCACAACAUUGAGCGCUUUUGGCGAUGUCCAACUCUUCAGAGUCGCCACAGAAUGCCUUGUGUCGGCUAAUAUGCGAAUUGUGGACUUCAAACUUGACAGCAACGUCCUUCGCACAGAUAAAUUCGAGGAUUUGAGCUCCCAACUUCGCUUUGAUCAUACAACUCAUUUCAGUUUCUACGAGACGCCUUACUUUCCGUACCAGUCUCGGAUGGUGCACGACGAAUUCUCAUGCUUCGACCGUGUCACCAUGUUAUGCUCUACUCUCAUGAAAGGGUUUCAAGACACUGUUCAGGUUUUGAGCAUGGAACGUUCGGAAAGAAAUGUCAAAGUCUUCUGCACUCUCGCGCACAUGAAUUGGGACAUGAAACUGCCGGCCCUUCGCACAUUGCAUCUGACCAACAUGCCUUUCCCUGCCUCUCAACUGCAAGCAGAUUUGGGGCACUGCCGUGAACUGCAGUGUCUCUUGUUUGAAGGUUGUUGGCCUAGGGAAGGUCCUCGUGGUUGGAAGCUGCUCUUUGAUGCGAUUCGCGAGCAUCCCAAUUCCUUGCAACUUCAUUUCAGAGAAGUUUAUUCCGAACGAGGGGCGUUCGACUUUGAUUUCCCAAAUCCUGAUGUGUUCAGCGACCCUACUCCGAGCAGCCCCGAGGACGAGUAUGAAAUCGGCAGGCGGCUUUGUCUGUACCUCGCCGGGCGUGGAGAGUGGAAUCACUAUCUAGAAGACUGGUUUCCGAAUCCUUGA